ACUUCCUCCCACAAACCAGCUGCACCCUUUUCUUGGCACACAAACUUGGAGUAAGUGCGAAGGCACUGUAUACUUACUUGACUGGACAAGCUCAGCCAUAUGGUUUAUCAAAAUGCCUAGCUCUUAAAAAGAAAGCAAAAUGCUAAUUCACAUGAAGACCGCUUGCACUGACUGUGCAUUUAAUAUCAACUGCAGCCACUUUUUACCAGCAGCACCGAGAGAAGAAGAUGAAAAGAGCAAGCUUGGACAAAGCUGGCCCAGCAACCUCUGAGAAGCCAACACUUUGCCUGUUUCCUUUGGAGUUUGUCUCACCAACAACAUGACGGAAAAUCGCAUUUCUCGUUGGUAUUUUGGUGGACUAUCUUCCAGUGCAGCUGCCUGCUUAACACACCCGCUGGAUUUAAUCAAGGUGCACUUACAAACACAGCAGGAGGUGAGGGUGAGGAUGAUCGGGAUGACCGUUAACGUAGUGAGGAGAGAAGGCUAUCUGGCUCUCUACAGUGGCCUCAGUGCUUCUCUCUGCCGGCAGAUGACUUAUUCUCUGUCACGCUUUGGCAUUUAUGAGACUGUCAGAGACAAGGUGAACAGAAAAAAUAAAGGUCUCAUGCCGUUUUACCAGAAGGUUCUGCUGGGGGCCUUUGGAGGGUUUGCAGGUGGUUUCAUUGGGACCCCAGCUGACCUGGUGAAUGUCCGAAUGCAGAAUGAUGUGAAGUUGCCGUUCAAGCUCAGAAGAAAUUAUGCUCAUGUGUUCGAUGGGCUGUUACGUGUUUGGAAAGAGGAGGGGAUAAGGAAACUGUUCUCCGGUGCUACAAUGGCUUCUACUAGAGGCGCACUCGUCUCUGUUGGACAGCUGUCCUGUUAUGACCAGUCUAAACAGCUGGUUCUGGCCACUGGUUACCUUGCUGACAACAUCCUCACUCACUUCCUGGCCAGUGUGAUUGCAGGUGGCUGUGCAACGAUCCUGUGCCAACCACUUGAUGUUGUUAAAACAAGAUUAAUGAACUCAAAAGUGGAAUAUAGGAGCGUGUUUCACUGUCUAACGGAAACAGCAAAGCUUGGCCCGAAGGCGUUCUACAAGGGUCUUGUACCUGCAGCUAUCCGCCUCAUCCCUCACACAGUCUUCACCUUCAUAUUCCUCGAGCAGCUGAGGCAGCAUUUUGGCGAGGUGGUCGUCGCCUGAGAGAACAAAGUCGCCCUUCGAGGUAGCGGAGGCUAGUCAUCGCAGUUUCAUUGAUCCUGAUCAGUUUGUCUUGAUGGGAAUCUAACAAACCAAGCUUCCCCCUGACAUGGGGAGUAAUAAAGAUUAUCUUAUCUUAUCUUAGGAGUGAACAGACAUACCCCCAGAUAUCUGAGGAAAUCAUUUUUCAUGCAUCAUGUUCUUCAUUUGUCACAAAAAUGACUCAUGCAUCCAUAUUCAAAGUUUUAUAUAAGGUACCAGAAGGACAUGAACUGCAGUAUGUUGCUUUUAUUUUAUUUUUGUUACAUUUUUGUGUCUGUCACAGCAUUACAAAGAAGGAUGACAUCAAUUAUUCAUUUUCACCCUUGUGGCACUUUACCUGUAAUGAGCUAACUGUACAACUAUAACUAGGACCUAAGUAUUGUAUAAGAAUGCAAAUAAACUUAACUAACCAAUGUUCUUUUACAAGAAGAAAUGUGUUUUGCAUGAAUUUGUCUCAAAUCUUGCCUGAACCGAGCUGUUGGACUGCCUGAUAAAAGGCCUCUGCUGCCCUCUGGGGGACAGUGUUAGGUUAAAAAAUAAUGAGCUAAUGCUUUUAUGCUAAUGUUAACGCUAUUAUGUAAUGUGUGUUUGUAAUGAUGCAGAAUUUGAACAUAUUCGUGACUGUAUGUUUUUCUGUUGUUAAAAUAUGUGGAGAAAACCA